UCCAAGAAGCCAGAAACACCUCCGUGGCUAGGACGCCAGAGUACGGAUAUUUUAACUGACUUUAUAUAACAAGGGACUGAGGUCUUCAGUUUUAAAUUAAUGAAAUAAAGAAGCGCGAUCUUGUGUCUUUUCUAAGUGGAAGCUGAUGUUUGAAGAAAUGAUGCAAGAGGAAUCCGGCUCCCCUGUGUCUCCAGUGGACAGUCUAAGCAACAGUGAAGAAGAGCUCGACAGGCAGCAGAAAAGAUGUGGGAGGAAAAGGAGAUCGAGCAGGAAAAAUGGGGAGGAUUCAGAUAGCCCUACCCCUGGGAAAAGAGGAAAGAAAUCCAGCAGCAGCAGCCCGCAGUCUUUCGAGGAACUUCAGACCCAGCGAGUCAUGGCUAAUGUGCGCGAACGCCAGCGAACGCAGUCUCUCAACGAAGCCUUUGCUGCCUUGAGGAAGAUCAUUCCUACCCUUCCUUCAGACAAACUGAGCAAAAUUCAGACCCUCAAACUGGCUGCCAGGUACAUCGAUUUCCUCUAUCAAGUACUACAGAGCGAUGAACUGGACUCCAAAAUGGCAAGUUGUAGUUAUGUGGCUCAUGAGAGACUAAGCUAUGCCUUUUCAGUUUGGAGAAUGGAGGGCGCCUGGUCCAUGUCUGCAUCUCACUAGCGUCUGUGAAACUAGGCUAACAUGGUGACAACUGGUGUCCACUUACCCACCCGUGAUGGGGACUCUCGAGUCUGAAGCUGGAUAUGUACAAAGCUGCGUUUUUUGGGGGGAAAUACGAAAAUCUUCCAACCCAAGAGGGCAGGGCGGGGAGCACUUAGAGACAACGAGGCGACGGACACCGACCAAGCACACGUGCGACUUCACGGUCACAAACUCGACAUUCUGAUCUGUGUUUGAAACAUUUCUGUCUGACGAUGAAUGUUGGAAAUUUAUUUCAUUAUGCAUGCCUUUUGACCAGCUGUGCCUGUGUUCUAUGAAGGGGGUGAAAAAAACAAAGGAUAAAAAGCAUCGAAACUUUUCAUUGCUAGGCUGUCGAUGAAAACUGUCCUAUAAUAUAGUCUGACACCUGGCUCAUACCUGUGCAAACCUUUUUAAGGUUUUUUUUUUUCCUGAAAUACAUUUAUUUAUUUAUUGAUGACCCAUGUUAUAAUGCAGAAUAGAUCCGGUGUCUAAAUGCAUUCUUAUUUUUAUGAUUGUUUUGUAAAUAUCUUUGUAUAUUUUUCUGCAAUAAAAUAAAUAUGAUUUUUA